ACCAUUGAAAGUGCUAUAUGUCAUACUUCGUGUUUUCACUGAAAGCUGUUCGACUGAGGAAGAAAUGUUUGCGGUACGAACGAGAAAAACUGAAUUCAAUAAGGAUUCACCAAGGAGAAAAACCUAUUUACACCUUCGUCGACCGCUGCCGUCACUGUUGCUCAAUUGUCAGAAGAUUUGUGAAACACUGGUGUUUCUGUACCAGAUGGUGCCAACCUGGUACUCACUUCGGAAAAUUUUGGCAUAAGCUGUUGUUUUACGGUACACUUGAGAACUACGUAAUGACAAGCUGCCUUGGAUUUUUUGGAGGAAUGCUACUUACUUACAUUUUGUUCAUGUUUUUUGUCUUCCAACUGCAUUUUUCAACUAAGAAAGCAACUAUUUUGUGUUCUAUGAUUGGAACAGUACUUACACUUGGUUUGGCAUUUUCUUACUAUGUCAGAUGCAUUGUGGUGCUUGUUCUUCCUCAACUGUGUGUAAAUCGGGGCCGGCAGGCCCUCAUGCUAUAUGCCUUUGUGUUGACACUUACUGGGCCUGGGAAGAAUACAAUGCAAAAUGUUGGGGUGCUCGCAGAAUCUCUGUCAUGUGGACAGGAGCAGCUGAAAAUUGCAGCAAAAAAAAUUAUGGAGGCUAUCAAGAAGCCCUUUUUAGCAAUGAAAGAUGCCCUAUCCAAUGCUAUGAAAACAAUUAAAUCAAUAACACUCAAGAUCAAGGAUACAUUGCUGUCCAUAAAAAGAGUUGUGAUGUCUGUAUACAAAAAUAACAUGCCAAUUAUGCUGCAGUUUUGGGAGAAUAUCAUAACACAUCAUAUUUUUAAUAGUGUGCGACUGAAAUGGACACUUAAGAAAGGAUUUCCUGUCUCUUCUUCAGUGCAAGUCAUCAAGAGCGCUGCAAGCUGGUUAGGUAGUAUUAUCAACAUCUGCAAUAAGGAACUUGGAACCCCAUUUGAACGCUGCAUGCGUGUAUUUGAGCCAGCCAUUUCUGACUGUGUGGCUGCACUUGGACCUCUUUUCUCUUGGCUUUGCUCAAUUGUGUAUGUAGGACAGGCCUUAUGUUUUAUCUUCAAGGUCUUGGAUCUAAUAUGUGCCUUGGUUGAUCUCAUUAGAGACACAGUCACUGGACCAAUAAAGAAAAAGUUACGAGAGUUCUUGUGGCGUUUGAAGAACAUAUUUUAUGUUUCUGUUGAUUUUAAACAUUCAUAUGAUUUUGAGACAGAACAAUCAAAGACCUUAAAAGAAGUAGCAGCUGAGAUUACAGCAGAAGUUAAGGAACGAGCUGCUGUAAUUUCCUCUAUCUUUGAUAAAAUUAGCCUAGUGGCAAGUCUAUUUUUUCUCAUCAUAUUUUUCAGAGCAGUGUAUUACUGGAGGAAGUAUAUGACCAAUGAUAAAUAUGACAACCGGUAUAUAACAAAGGAAUUCUACAAACUGGAUGAGAACCGUUCUAGGUUAGGUCAUGAAACCAUACUUCCAUUAAAAAAUCGUGAAAAGAGGAAAUACAUUACGAUGGUUUCUCUACGUCUGAGUGGCAGCGAGAAGCUGAAGCUUACUCGAUCUGUAUCAUUUGUGAUUCACAUAGCGAUAAAAAUAUUAAUAUUAAUGGCUUAUGAUUAUUGUCUAUAUUGGAUUCUUGACAAGAUCCAUCAACAUGGUCGAUUCACUUCCAAGAUUCAAGAUCCACAAGUGGUUGAUGUCAAUGUCAAAGGCACAGGAUUUCUUGCAAGCAUAUAUAGAAAUGUAAUGGGAGCAUUCAAGCCAUUUGAUGUGAAUGCCAAAGUGGAUACAAUACCAUGUUUACCACACCCAUUACCACCAAAUUAUAUGCGUUACAUGCAGAUAGGGUUUAUAGUACUGCUAUGUCUUAUUUUGGCAAUAAUUGAGCCAUAUGUAUUACGUCUAAGGCAGUGGUUUAUGGGCUACUAUUAUCCUCAAAGAGCACAACAGAGGGCUGUAUGGCUUUACAACCGUAUACUUAGAUCAAGAGAAAAUUUUCUUAAAUUUGCUCGUAGACACCUAAGAAGAAAGUUUGGUAAGGGAAAAAGAGGAGGAGAUGAGGAGUCAUUUUUUACCCAGCUAUGGCAGAGAUGUGCUCUUCUGCAAAGGAUAAUACCCCAUACACCACAAAAGGCUUGCCUAGUUUGUGCAGAAACUCAAGGGGAACUCAAGAGUUGUCCCAAAUUCGACUGUGCAGGCACCUACUGUCAUCAGUGCUUCAAAGAUCUGAAGAACAUUUGCACUAUCUGCAUGGAACCAAUUGAAUAUGGUGAUUUAACAGAUGUCAGUGAAGAAAAAGGUUCUUCUGAGGAAGAAAAUACCACUGCUGGUGUCCUGAAUGGUGCUUCAAAGGCUGAUCAUGGCAAGCAUGGUGAAAUAACUCCUGCCUAUCCAACUGAAUAUCAGUAUGAUACUAAAUCAGUUGCAGGAAACAAUAGUGCCCCUUUCCCAUCACGACCCAGAUUCAAAGAUUUGGAAGCUCAGAAGAUUUUAGAUGUGGCCACGGUUCGUCAGUUUCCAGGAACUGAUGAUGAAAAACCAGAAGAAUCAGAUGCAGACAAGAGGAAACAUAAAGAGCAAAUUUCGAGGCAUGUUACUGGUGUAAGCAUCCCUCAAAGAAGGAAAGUAAGAUUUGCAGAAGAAGAAAUGCCACUUCUUAGUUCUCAUGAAACAAAUGAAUAG